AUGAAGCAUUUGAUUUCUGAGGCUAGAGAUGGAGAAGGUCUGGUUGCUCAUGACUUGUUUGCUACAUUUGAAACUGUUUUCAAAGGUGUCGUGGUUAUGAAAAACAAUGCAUCUUGUCGGGUUGCUAGAAUUGGCACAGUCAAAUUGAAACUUUUGGAUGGGACAAUUAGAACACUUGGCCAGGGUUGUGCAGAAUUUAUAAGAGUCAAUCAGCACAAGUUCAGCACCAUGGUGGACAUUCUGUUAGGUACAAUACCUUUAAGAGCUCAUAAAUGGUCGGAUUUGAAGAAUACAGUUCAGUGGAGUUCAGGAGAUAUAGAUAAUGCCGCUUUGUUACCAUCACCUGCGGUGUCAUUGUAUUCAAUUGCUAGGGAUGGACACAAUAGAAAAGGAUAUGUUGAUGCUGAUUUUGUUGAACAUGCUUUAAGUGGAGUAGAAGGUGUAUAA